AGUCCGCACUCUUCGUGCUCAAUCAGCCAGUGAAUGUUCAAAGUCCGGAACCUCGGCCGAAGAACAACCAGCCGUCUUUUAUAGUGCCUGGGUUAUGCAGAUGCAUCAUACCCUACAUAUGAGCCGACAUCUCAGCAUGGACGGAGAUUUCGGGAAGUCAUACCUGUCGAGCUGUCGGUGCCUUCGCGGCACCACUAUAUCAGUCCUCAUGACAUAUUGCACCAGGCCAGAAGCUAUAUAAACACCUUAGGAUGGCCUCGAUGUGUUCGGUAUCAGCUCAACAGCCCCAAGCAGAAAAUUAAAAGCAACAAUGCGUUUCCUCACUAUCUUCUCCGCCAUCGCUGUCCUUGCUGGCUCCGUCCAGGCCGCCACAAAGGUCAUGCCCCUCGGCGACUCCAUCACGGGAUCCCCUGGGUGCUGGAGGGCAACGCUCUACAACCGUCUCUGGAACAACGGCUACACAAACAUCGACAUGGUCGGCACCCUGCCAGCCCAAGGCUGCGGCGUUACCUACGACGGCGACAACGAGGGCCACGGCGGAUAUCUCGCCACCAACAUCGCGAGCCAGAGCCUUCUCCCGGGGUGGCUGUCCGCCACUAACCCCAACAUCGUCAUCAUGCACCUGGGAACCAACGACGUGUGGAACAACAUCGCGCCGGCCACCAUUCUCAGCGCCUUCUCGACGCUCGUCGAUCAGAUGCGGGCCAACAACCCUAGCAUGAAGAUCUUGGUGGCGAAAAUCCUCCCCAUGAAUCCCUCGGGCUGCAGUGAGUGUGCUCAAAGGGUCAUCAACUUCAAUGCUGCCAUCCCCGCUUGGGCCACCGGUAAGACCACGAGUCAGAGCCCGAUCACCGUCGUGGAUCAGUGGACUGGGUUCUCUACGGCAACGGAUACCACGGAUGGUGUUCACCCCAUCGACAGCGGAAACCAGAAGAUCUCGGAUAAGUGGUAUCCGGCUUUGGUGGCUGCUCUGUAGAUAAGGCAAAGGCCCGAUUGGUUGGUUGGUUGGAGGGAUGGAUGGAUGAUUGGAAGGAUGC